UGGUUAUAACGCAAUGAGUUUUAUCCAUGACAAAAAUAAACCCAGAAAAGGCAUUCAGAUCGGUGGAGAAUAUGAGGAAAGUGAAUCUUCAGAUAAAGACCCUCAAACGGAGACCCAAAAUUCCGUUGACAUCCUAAGUGACCUCAAAGGUGAAGGUGAAAGAUCGGAAAUUGAAAAACCUAACUUCACUACACCAUUGGAAACUGAAAAGCUUAGGAUACAAAAGGCUUCAGCUUCAAAUGCACCAAGAAGUUUGCAUUGUGAAAAUAAGUUUACAACAACAAAAAGAAAAACCAAAAAGAAAAACAAUAUAAAUAUGGAGCAGGACAAUGAAAAACUAUAUCGUAUAACACUAUAACACUAUUAACACUAUAUCGUCAGCAAACAACAUGCAUCAAGGUACCUCUCCUUGUAUUUCCCUAAUAAUUUUAUCCAUCUCUACAGAAAAUAAGUAAGGACUUAAAGCAAAACCUCGGUACACUGCUACUCUUAUCCAAAAACCUUUUG